GCAACACUAUUAAUCCUUAUCCACUUAUCAACGGUGUUCACAAAGAGAAUAGUCACACUUCGAGUGUACAGCGCUCUUUACAACCAUCUUCACAAACAUCAAACUCGCAAGGCGGCAACCAAACUCCAAAAAUUCCUCAAAUGUCUCAUUCACCUUCAGUUCGAAAAAAAGGUGUUAAUGACUUUGAAUUCGGUAAAACUCUUGGCGAAGGCUCUUACUCUACUGUUAUGUUCGCGAUAGACCGCUCUUCAAGGCGUGAAUAUGCCAUAAAAAUUCUUGAAAAAAGGCAUAUUAUAAGAGAGAAAAAAGUUAAAUAUGUUAACAUUGAGAAAAAUACCCUUAAUAAAAUGAAUCAUCCAGGAAUUGUUCGUCUUUAUUAUACCUUUCAAGAUCAAAAUAGUUUAUAUUUCGUUUUAGAUCAUGCUAAAAAUGGUGAAUUACUCGCAUUCAUAAAGAAGCUUGGCUCUUUUGAUCUGAAUUGCACGAGAUUUUAUGCUGCGCAAAUAGUAUCAGCCAUCGAAUAUAUGCAUUCUCAGGGUGUGAUCCACAGAGAUUUAAAACCAGAAAACAUAUUAUUAGACGAAAAAAUGCACGUUAAGGUUACCGACUUUGGUACGGCAAAAAUAUUAGAGUCUAACGAAGAUGGUGAAGACGAACGUGCAAAUUCCUUUGUCGGUACUGCAGAGUACGUCAGUCCUGAAUUAUUGAAAGAGAAGUCUGCCUGUAAAAGCUCAGAUUUUUGGGCGUUAGGUUGUAUUAUAUAUCAAUUAAUCGCUGGACGUCCACCGUUUAAAGGAAACAAUGAAUAUCUGACUUUUCAGAGAAUUGUCAAGCUUGAAUAUACAUUUCCUGAAGGAUUCCCUCCGGUAGCAAAAGAUUUGGUUCAAAAAUUAUUGGUAUUAAACCCAUCUGAGCGUCUGGGUUCUGGGGGUAAAGCAGGUGUUGAAAAAUUGAAAAGGCAUCCGUUUUUCGAGGGCGUGGAUUGGGACAAUAUAUGGAACACACCCGCACCACGUCUACUUCCGUACCUCCCCCCAAAUCCUCAACACAAUAAGGAAGAACUUCGUACAUCUAGCAAAACAUAUUUACGAAAGCUUUCCGAUCAUAGUGGAGAUAACAAUAGUAGCCCAGUUGCUACAGGCCUUAAACAAAAUGAUCCUUUUAGGUUAGAAAGUUGGGCAGGCGGUGAUGAUGGAUCGGUUAAGGUAGAUCCUGAAAAAGCAAAGAAACUUGAAGAACAAAAACGAUCUUCUGCACAAUGGAUUCCAUUCUUGCUCAAAUCUGAGCUUAUAAUCCGCGCAGGACCUAUUAGCAAACGCAAAGGCCUUUUCUCUAAAAAACGUUUACUAAUUUUAACGGAUUUUCCUAGAUUAAUCUACGUUGAUCAAGAAAAAAUGGAACAGAAGGGUGAAAUAUAUUGGAGUUCCAGGAUGGUAGUCGAGUUGAAGACUAAAAAGACUUUUUUUGUUCAUACG